AGAUAAGAAUCCCGUCGACCGUCCCGUGGGCUUCAGUGUAUUGUACAACUGGCUCGAGUACGUCCACGCCAAGCCGACUGUGUCCUCCAGACUUUCGCGUGAACAAAAAUGUCUACCAACAUGAUGAUGCACCAAGAGAGGAAGGAAGACGAAGCAGCGAAGAAGGAUCACGUCAAGCGGCCCAUGAACGCCUUCAUGGUGUGGUCCCGCAUCCAGCGGCGGAAGAUCGCCGAGGACAACCCGAAGAUGCACAACUCGGAGAUCAGCAGGCGGCUGGGAGAGAUGUGGAAGGAACUGUCGGUGGAAGAGAAGAAGCCGUUCGUCGAGGAGUCGAAGAGACUCCGAGCCGAACACAUGGAGAAGUACCCCGACUACAAGUACCGCCCGCGCCGCAAGCUGAAAACCAUGAUGAAGAACUCCAGCUUCCCGACCAUGCCGGGCGGCAUGCCGCCCAACUACUUCCCGGCGUCCAACUGCAGCCCCCCGCCCGCCUUGCAAAUGAGCAUGCCGGAGCAGUAUGGACACAUGAACGGCUACAUGAGCGGCUACCACUCCUCCAUGAUGCGGGACCCGGCCAACCCGUACAGCCACCAGGUCAUCCCGUCUUCUGCAGCGGCGACUACAGCAGGCAGCAUGCCGACCAGGUAUGACAUGGCGGCCCUCACCUAUAGCACCUACGCUUCCAUGCCGCCUACCACGUCCUACACCACUAGUAGCUGUGCGCUCCAGCCGUACCCCGUCUCAUCCUACCCAAGCACCGACUUCUGCGCCCCGGUCAAGCCCGAACGGACCCUCCCCGCCAGCUACGACGAUCACAUCCGACCGUACUACAGCGAACAUUGCUGAAAUUUUGCAUAAGGACAGUGCGUUAUGUAUUAACUUUUUGGCUCCAAUUCGAACUUGUU